CUCGCUCGACGCGGCGGUGCCUCCCAGUGCCACCAUCGCGGCCCUCGGCGUCAAGAGCCUGGCGGGCGCGGCCGAGUUCGGCGACCUGGCGCUCCUGGCCAACGCGGUUGCCAUGAAGGGCGAGGAGGACGGCGGCGUGGCGGCCAUGGCGCCCCUCGUGCCGCCCGAGGAGGCUCCGGCGCCGCCCAUCACGGAGGUGCCGAGCGAGGUCCCUCCGGCGGCCGCCGCCACCAACGGCACGGCGGACAAGGGCAGCGGCGGCGGCAAGCGCGGCGGCGCGCGGCGGCAAGAGAAGCCGCCCUACUCGUACAUCGCGCUCAUCGUCAUGGCCAUCCAGAGCUCGCCGCAGCGCCGCCUCACGCUCUCCGAGAUCUACCAGUUCCUGCAGCAGCGCUUCGCCUUCUUCCGCGGCACCUACACCGGCUGGAAGAACUCGGUGCGCCACAACCUGUCGCUCAACGAGUGCUUCAUCAAGCUGCCCAAGUCCAUGGGGCGGCCGGGCAAGGGCCACUACUGGGCCAUCGACCCGACGGCGGAGCUCAUGUUCGAGGAGGGCUCCUUCCGGCGGCGCCCCCGGGGCUUCCGCCGGAAGGUGCAGGCCAUGAAGCCGUACCCGCUCUACCAGAGCGCCGCGCCCUCCUUGCCGCCGCCCUACGACGUCUGCAGCUCCCAGCUGCCGCCCGCAACCCAGUACGCCCAGUACCCGUCCUACCAAGAGUACCCCGCCUACCCGCAGCCGCCCACGUCCUACGGAAGCAACAUGUACGCGGCGUCCUGCUCCCUCACGUACAGCGGGGGCGGCGCCGUGGGCGAGUACCAGCCCGGGUCCCCCGGAGUCUAUACGAGCAUGGCUCCUGCCGCCCCUCUCCCGCCCAUGGGCGCCCUCCCUGAUCGAGACAUGUGGUCAGCCCUCACGCCCAACACGACGCCCACCCUCACGCCCACAACUGGUUACGUGAAGCAGAGCAACAGCCCCACAGGUUCUCCCGGCCCCCUGACGCCACCAGGGAGUGAGGGCCUGAGCGGGUAUUUGGGUGUAGGGCAAGACCACGCCUCCCUCCACACGCCCGCGGUCACCAAUGCCGCCCACACCGCCUACCAGACCUCCCACCAUCACCAUCACCACCAUCACCAUGACCUGGCUGCCCUCCAUGGUGAGUACAGUGAGGAGAAGAUAGUUGGUAGAGGGCCAUUGUCUUCCACUGUGUUCGAUGGUCCCCUGGCUCUCUCGCUGUGCCGUGGCCCUUAG